CUCUUACACAAAGACAAGGAGACCCUCUUCUGGGACACUUUGCAUUGAACAACUGUUACUUUCAACUUCCAUAGUUAUUGAGGGGAUACCCUGCUCCUUCCGACCAGAAUAAGCCGACAUUCUUGUGAAGACAAAAUGGCAAACAUCGCGAAUACCGAACCUGGCCCCCCAGCAAAUAUACACCAACCGGAGCACGGAGAACAAAAGACAGAAAAAUAUAGACAUGAUGCGGACGAGGCCAUGAAGGCCUUUGAGGUCCUCCAAGGAGAAACGAUCGAGCUCGAUGAAGCGACAAACCGUCGGCUACUACGCACUGUUGACUGGCAUAUCAUGCCCAUCAUGUGCUUUGUCUAUGGCAUGAACUACCUCGACAAGACGGCCUUGUCUUAUGCGAGUGUUAUGGGCCUUGAAGAGGACUUGAGUCUCCACGGAAACCAGUAUCAAUGGCUAGGGAGCUUGUUCUAUAUUGGCUAUCUCGCAUGGGAGUAUCCAACAAAUCGCCUGCUGCAGUGGCUACCAUUAGGCAAAUACUCGGCAGCGUGUAUCAUGAUCUGGGGCAUGGUUCUCGCCUGCUUCGCGGCUGUGGUCAACUACCCUGGCGCAGUUGCCAUUCGUCUUUUCCUGGGGAUAUUCGAGGCGGCUGUUACACCAGGCUUUACGCUCUUGACAUCUCAGUGGUACACAAAAUAUGAGCAAUACAGCCGCGUGAACAUCUGGUUCAGUUUCAACGGAGUCGGCCAGAUCGUCGGAGGCCUAGUUGCGUAUGGCAUCGCAGUAGGCAGCGAGAAGAACGGAUCGGCCAUCGCACCAUGGAAGGUCCUGUUUCUGGUCACCGGAGUAUUAACAAUUAUCCUAGGCCUCGUGUUCUUGUUUAUAGUGCCAGAUAGCCAGUUAAACGCCUGGUGGCUGAAAAAGGAGGACCGGGCCCUGGCUGUUGCUCGCGUGCGCGUUAAUCAACAGGGCAUCGGUAACAAGCACUUCAAGCUAUAUCAGGUCAAGGAGGCACUUCUGGAUCCAAUGACUUGGGCUUUCUUCCUCUUUGCGCUUAUAUCGGAUAUCCCUAAUGGCGGCCUGACCAAUUUCUUUAGCCAGCUUAUCCGGAACUUUGGCUUUACUUCCCAGCAAAGCCUGCUCUACGGUGUCCCCGGCGGCGCAGUAGAGGUUAUUGCGCUCCUGGGAAGCGGCUACGUCGGACACAUCACCCGCGAGUGUCUCAUGAGCAGUCUCGGCGGCGAAGUUACAGCGAUUGUGGGGAUGGUGCUCAUUGUUGCGCUGCCCUUGUCAGACAAUAUCGGCCGACUGAUCGGGUACUACAUGACGCAGGCGAGCGCCACGGGGUUUGUGGCGCUACUGUCCCUGAUUUCGUCGAAUGUGGCCGGGUACACGAAGAAGACGACCGUUGCAGCGCUUUACUUGAUUGGAUAUUGCACUGGAAAUAUUAUCGGCCCCCAGAUAUUCCUCCCCGAAGAUGCGCCGCGCUAUGUCCCUGCCGAGAUCACGAUUAUCGUUUGCUGGGGCAUAUGUUGUUUUCUUCUUGUGGCUAUUCGGUUCUGGUACCGCAGGGAGAAUGAGCGCAAGGCGGUUCUGCGUGCGGAUCCUGGCUAUGUGAGGCUGGAGAAUCAAGAGUGGCUUGACCUGACAGACCGGGAGAACCUCGAUUUUGUUUACUCGCUGUGAGGGGCUGCGUUUGUACUCUCAAGUUGGUAGGAUACUGAGCCAAGGACAUCAUAUUAUUAUACAUAUCGACAGAUUUAUUGACGCUUUCCUAUGACAACCUUGAGACUAAACUUUCCUGCAUGCCUCCUGCCUUUCAUUUAGCUGUCAUCACCUUGUCACAUAUAUAUACGGUACCAUGCUAGAUAUUAUACUGCUGCUGCCUUCUCAUUUGAGAACUGCCUUGGUUGUACUUUGCGUUUAUGAACUGGGUCUCGGGUCCUGAAUAGGAGGUAGCAACUGUAUUUAUAGACAGCACAUCGCACUUGCCUUCCUAUGUUCUCGCCCGCUUUCCUGUUUAGACCUGACCUUCAAUACCUGAUGGGAAGGUACGAUGGAGAGCGAACAGUAUUCUCGGAUUUGGAAGGAACUAUAACUAAUGAUCCGGAAUAAAAUUUCGAU